CUCAUUAUUAUUGCCUCGUGCUGGAAUAUUUGUAGUUUAACAACCAUCAACUAUGAACAUACCCAAUCAAUAUCUAGAAAAAACAGAAGAAGUCGCUGAUCAGGUAAUAAGAAAGGGCAAACAUGUCCUGCCACACGUCGCACGAUUAUGUCUGAUUGCAACAUUUCUUGAGGAUGGUAUCCGAAUGUGGGUACAAUGGAAUGAGCAACGUGAAUAUAUGGAUAUGAACUGGGGAUGUGGCAAAUUUUUGGCCACGACUUUCGUUCUUAUCAAUUUAAUAGGACAGAUAGGAGGUUGUGUCAUGGUGCUGGGACGACUGAAAGUGAGCAUCGCUUGUUGGAUACUGUUUGGCAUUGUCGUUCUGCAAACAGUAGCUUAUUCGGUCCUGUGGGAUAUACAGUUCCUAUUACGGAAUCUCGCCCUCAUUGGCGCUCUACUAUUAGUUCUUGCGGAAUCCCGGGGAGAAGCGCGAUCACUGUUUGCAGGCGUUCCAUCUCUUGGGGAGAACAAACCGAAGAAUUUCAUGCAGUUGGCUGGGCGUAUUCUACUUGCAUUCAUGUUCAUCACACUAAUACGCUUUGAAUUAAGUUUCUUACAAAUCUUACAAGAUAUCGUUGGAUCCAUAUUAAUGGUAUUAGUUACGGUCGGUUAUAAAACUAAGCUCUCAUCUCUUAUUUUAGUUGCGCUUCUAACAAUUCUAAAUCUUUACCAUAAUGCCUGGUGGACCAUACCAGCGUACAAACCUCUGCGUGAUUUUCUGAAGUAUGAUUUCUUUCAGACGCUCUCUGUCAUUGGUGGCCUAUUAAUGAUUGUCUCCCUCGGGCCGGGUGGAGUUUCGAUGGAUGAACAUAAAAAAAAAUGGUAAAAAGUCACAUUAACGGUUUGAUAGGAAAGCAAUAGCAUCAAUUAUA